AUGUCUCUAACAAUAAGUUUGGACAAGAACAACAAUGUCACAUUACUUACGAGACUAUUUUCUUACAUCUUAACAUUCUCAAUCCUUCUCUUAAUAUCCUCCCUCUUCUCCCUCAUAAAAUUUCGCGAAAACCCGCCUAUCAUCCCAAAAAAACUCCUCAUUUUGAUCGGCGAAAACAACACAAUGGCACCAUCAAGUACCCCUACGAGGAUUUCCAUAACCGGCCGAGGAAUGAGUCGUGUAAGAACUCCCCCACUCCCUUCAAAGAACAUAACUCAAGAAGUGUUUUAUAACCCGUGCAACGAAAGGCAAGCGCUUCUUCGAGUGUAUAUGUACAAUUUGCCCCCGAAGUUUCACUUCGGGAUGUUGGGUUGGUCGGGUGGUGCAAACCAAACAUGGCCUAAUUUGGAUAAUCCGAGAAAAAUCCCGAGGUAUCCCGGUGGCCUAAACUUACAACAUAGUCCUGAAUACUGGCUCACGCUCGAUCUUCUAACAUCAGAUACAGAUACUGUAGUUAGGCCAUGUACUGCCGUUAGAGUACAUAAUUCAAGGGUAGCGGAUAUAGUAUUCGUGCCAUUUUUUUCGUCCCUUAGCUAUAAUCGUAACCCUAAGCUUCGUGCGUCGAAACAAAGGUUUAAUUUCGAUAGAAAGUUGCAAGAAGAAUUGGUUCGGUAUUUGAGAGGUCGGGAAGAAUGGGGGCGAAAGAGGGGUAGGGAUCAUUUGAUCGUCGCUCACCAUCCGAAUAGCAUGUUGUUUGUAAGAAAAACGCUCGGGUCGAGCAUGUUUUUGUUAUCGGAUUUCGGAAGGUAUUCGAAGAAGAUAGCCAAUCUUGAGAAGGACGUGAUCGCGCCCUACAAGCAUAUGGUGACGACAAUCUCGGGUGCUAAUUUGCCGGCAUUUGAUCAACGGCCAACGUUGGUGUAUUUCCAAGGGGCGAUCUAUAGAAAAGAUGGUGGAGUGAUUCGUCAAAUUUUACAUAACCUUCUAAAGAACGAGAAAGACGUACAUUUCAAAUACGGGAGUGUUCACACAAAUGGGGUUAGUUCCGCAGCAAAAGGCAUGUCCACAUCAAAAUUUUGCCUAAGCAUCGCGGGAGACACCCCAUCAUCAAAUCGUCUAUUCGACGCCAUCACCAGUCAUUGUAUUCCCGUCAUAAUAAGCGACGAGAUCGAGUUGCCAUUCGAGGACGUCCUCGACUACUCGAAUUUUUGCAUAUUUGUUCGUGCAAAGGACGCUAUCAAGAAGGGUUUCCUCGUAAAUCUCCUUCGAGGCAUCCCACGUGACGAAUGGACCAAAAUGUCGGAAUUGUUGAAGAAUAUUACGGGACGAUUCGAAUAUCAAUACCCGUCCCGUCCUAACGACGCCGUCGACAUGAUUUGGCAAACGAUUGUUCGCAAGAAAACUCAUACAAUGCUAAACUUACAUCGAAAAAAUAGAUACAAUAGAUCGUUGAAAGGGUAAGUGUUUUGG